AUCAUCACCGGAGCACUAUUUCCCAGAUGCCAUAUUGUGCCUAAAGGGCAUGUUCUGGUCUUCCUAGGCUCGUUUCUAGGUCAUUUUCUUCCUGCUACCCCCUCCGCAAUCAUGGGCGACGUCCCCGGCUCUUCUCUCCCAGAUCGGUCCAAGCAGAAGACUGAUGUGAACGACCAUCGCGAACGUGGGAACGCGCUUUACAAGAGUGGUAAACUUAUCCAAGCGAUCGACGCGUACAAGAAAGCAUGUACUGCCAGUCCCGAAGAUGCGCGACGUCUAUCCAAUUUGAGCGCCACGUAUUUUGAAAUUGGCGAGUAUGACAAUUCAAUCAAGCCAGCAGAGGCUGCUAUCAAGCUUCUGAAGUCUCCGGAUGACCCUCUGCGAGUUAGGCUCCAGACAAGAAUAUCCAAGGCUCAUAUGCAUUGCUGCCGAUGGAAAGAAGCUGAGGAAGCAAGUCGCAAACUUGGGGCUACGGAUGACGAUGAGUUUAAUUCUGCCUUGAAACAUGCCAUUCGGCUUGAGAGAGAUAUCGAGACGAAAGCGCCGCAAGGCAUGUUCACCUACGUAUCAAAUGUUACUCAACUCGUACCACGCUAUAUGCCCUCGAUGUGAGCAGAAUAUGUUUUUUUCGAAAAGCACGAAUCAGUACUUUAUAUUUACGUUUGGAUCGAGCAAUUGACAUCAACGUCGAGAGAGGGUGUACGGAACUUGAUCAUGUCAUUCCACCGAC